AUGCAUGAGGCAGUGAAGGCGGCAGAGGCCGCUAUUUUCAAGAAUACACCUGAGGGGGACGCUGAUGCGCUCUCGAUCUCAGACACGAUCCUUCAGCACGACCCGGUGAAUGCAUGGGCUCUGUCUACGGCAGGGCUUGCUUUUUAUCGGAUGCAGCGCUUCGGGCUUGCUGCCAGUCUGCUCAACAGCGCCAGUCAGCUCGCACCUGACCAGGCCGCUAUCUGGAACAACUUUGCUAUCUCUAUGCGGGAAUGGCACCCAAAGGACGCGGUUAUGUUGCUGCGUAAGGCGGUAGAGGUCGAUCCUGGUCACCUUGAGGCCCGUAAGAACCUUGCCGGCUGCCUUGGACGGAUUGGAAAGCGGGAUGAGGCGAUAGAGCUUAACCAGGCUCUGCGCAAGGAGAUGCCGGAUGACCCGGACAUUCCCUAUAACCUCGCGCUUGACCUGCUGCAUACGGAUCGAUGGGAAGAGGCAUUUGAAGCCUACGUCUAUUCUGAAGGCAACGAACAACGCACAGUCCGGAAUUACCAUAAGGACAAGAAAACGCCGCGCUGGGAAGUGACGGACCCGAAGUUUAAAAAGCCUGUGAUCUACGGUGAGCAAGGUGUUGGCGAUGAGGUGCUUGCUGCAGCGGCUUAUGUUGGCUUGGACCGGGACGGGUGGGAGAUGGACUUUAUUCUUGACUGUGACCCGCGUCUUGAAAGCCUAUUCAAGCGCUCCUUCCCAAAUAUGACUGUGUACGGCACUCGGGACAAGGAUGCGCUGGCGUGGCCUGCAGACGAGGAGCCAGAUAGUGCUUUGAUUGCGAUGGCGGCGUUUGGUGAGCUUGUUGGCCCCAGUGAGCCUGUCAAGCCUUGGCUGGUCCCUGACCCGCACCUUGUUGAGAUGUUUAAGAAGAAGCUCGCUGAGACGGGUGAUGGGCCUUACAUUGGUCUGUCAUGGUCUGGCGGGGCGAAGGACUGGGACCGUGCAGAGCGCACCAUUCCGAUUGAAGAAUUAGGCCCGAUACUGGCAACACCUGAAGCGACAAUUGUUAACCUUGAGUACCAGGACGGGCCUAUACCUAAUGGAGUCGUUGAUUUCCCGUGGGCAACACGCAAGGGCGUUGAUCUCGAUCUGACAGCAGCCCUGAUUGCGGCGCUCGAUGUGGUGGUUAGCGUCCCUCAGACCGUGUGUGACAUCGCUGGAGCGGUUGGAACGCCUCUGAGAGCCCUGGUAGGCCCUAACCCGCCCUGGCGCUUUGCUGAAGCUGCAGGGGAUGCAUGGGUCUGGCAGGACGUGAAGACCUACCGGAAGAAAGAGGGCAGCACAUGGAUGCCAGUUGUGGUCAAGUGUGCUCGGGAUCUAAGAGAGGGGCUCUAA